GGUACUAGACUAGAGGGCUGGGGGCGGAACCAAGGCGCGGCGGGUAAGGGCAGGCGGCGGGGACAUCCGAGACCCCAUCUGAAUUGGAAGGCGAGGGGGCAGGGACAUGACCCCAAGGAGGCAGCCGCUUCUUUCCCGUUGCUAGGGCCGCGCGCGCCUGGCGACAGAAUUCCUCGGGUCCGCAUAAGCGUCGUUUCAGAGCGCCGUGCAUUGUGGGAUAGGCCAGCCAGUAGCUGGCGAAUCUGGUGGGCCUGCAGGGGCGGAGUCUGGCAGCGGCGGCCGGAGGAGACCAGGUAGGGGCCGGAGCCACCUUGAACGCUUAGGUGGUGAAGCAAACGCAGGACGCUCUGGGGAAAGUGAUCAAGAAGCCACCGCUGACGGAGAAGAUGCUGAGCAAGACCCCCUUCCGCUACCUGCACGACAUCAUCCCGAAGGUAAUUAGAACGACUGGUUUCAUGAAGGGGCUCUACUCAGAUUCUGAGAUGAAAUCUGAUAAUGUUAAGGAGGUGAUGACCUUCCAGGAUGUGGCUGUGGACUUCACCUGGGAGGAGUGGCGCCUCUUGUCCCCUGCUCAGAAGGCACUGUACAAGGAAGUGAUGCUGGAGAAUGUCCAGAACCUGCUCUCUGUAGGGCUUCUAGCUCCCCCAGAAGAUGUGCUUUCUUAUUUAGAGGAGAGAGAAGUUCCAUGGAUGCAGGAGCAAGAAGGUCUGAGGAGAUGCUGCCCAGGUGAGGGAGAGGAAAAGAAGUGUGUGAAAGCUGAGGUGACCAGAGGUUUCUGUGUGCUCUGGUGAAGCAAGGGCUAGAUUUGGGGACAGGAGGACCUAACUUGGAAUUCUUUUUCAGAGGUUUUAGGAGGAAACUCCCUGGGCAAAUCACUGCACCCCUAAGCCUCAGUUUCCCCAUCUAUAAGAUGAGAUUGUUGGACUCCAUUUCCUAUCUUCUCCCUUCUGGGCAUCUGUCUCUGACCCUCUGUGAAGUCAUUUUUUGGGAUUGAAGGGCCUGGAAGUCUCCUACAAGUGUCAAAAGGGGUUAGCUUAGCCCCUCUGAGAUCUUUUAUUAUCCAUAAACAUGUAUGAGUGCUUCCUCUGUGCCAAGUCCUGAAAUAAGUUAUAGGGGAUAUAAAGGGAUUCAGUGGACAUCCCCUGCUCUCAUGGAGCUCACCAGCUGCUGGAGCAAACAGCAUGCUGAUGACUCUGUAGAAGCCCUUUAGAUACUAAAUCCAGGGCAGAGCAUCAAGAGAAGGAAGUCUCUAAAGAGAAGAAAACUGGAAGAUGGACUUCAGCUUGAGCUCCAGGACAGCAAGAUUGAGGAUAGUAAGCCCAAAGUAUGGCAGAGAAGACGAGGGAAAAGCAUUGGCACAACUCACUGCAAAUGGCCAUCUUUAGCAGUUUAACCCUCAUCCCAAGGAUAGACGUUGGACAGUAUCUCAAGGGGAUGAAGACAUCAAGGGAUGGUUUGGAACAUGGAGGAGGAAUUAUUUAUUGGUUUCCAGAGGAAAAGAGUCAUUAGUCCAUGAGUGUUGGAAAGACUGAAAAGGAAAGAACAAGGAGGAUAAGAGAGCUCUGCAGAGAGGUCCAACUUUUGUUCAGUGAAAUAUGAGGCCAAUUUCUCAGCUCAGAAGGUGUGGCCAGGGGGUGGGAGGAAGCCAUAAGGAAGAGCUGGAGACCAGAGAAAUCUUUGGAAGGCUGCUGUGGUAGGUGGCAAAGGGAAUCCAUGAGGGAGAUGUCACAGGAUUGCCUUACCAUGGUGAGGACCCAGCUGAGAUCAGGGAGCCUAAAGGAAGAGUAGUGCCAGGCAACUGGUUUCCUGAUUUUCCUCCUUCUCCAUCUGCAGCUCAUCAGUAGGGAUGAAGAUGGCUACCUGCCUUGGAAGCAAUCCAAGGCUAAGCUCUGCAGAAAUCCUCAGCUCCAGGCCCUGCUUUCUGGAACUCCAUCUUUGUGCUGUUCUUGGAAAAUGAGGUGACCACACCACCUCAGUUUAGGGAGAUGAGAGCCUAGACAGAAGCCUCUGGGAUCUCCAGGAUUAGGUCUGCUCAGAUUCCAGCAGAGUUACUGUUGACUGCUGAGAAAUAAGGGCCUGACAGAGAGAGAAACAGGGCUCAGGCCAGAGUAUGCAUUUGCCUUCCAGAAGAAAGACCAGAAUGCAAGGAUGCUGGCAGAGCUUGGGCCUGACAUAAGCCCUGGGCCCAGCCACCAAACAUGGACUAAAUACAAAAUAGAUUCUAAGAACUAUGCUAAGCCCACAAGGGAAGGACAACCCCAGUCUGGGCUCUCCUGGAGCUCACAAUCUAGGAUCCCAACAAAGAGAUGGUUUUAAAAAAAGCAAGAGCUCCUGAAUCUCCCUCUGUGAUGAUCCAGGGCAAAAAGAGUGUUGGGGAAUAGAAAUGCAUUUAAUUCAAAUGGAGAAUAAGGAAAUAGAGGAAAGAAGACAUUUGAGAAGAAGAGCAAUCAAAAGAGGGAAUAAUCAAAAUUAUAAUAUAAAAUAAAAGCUACCAUUUGCACAUGGCUCCUACUAUUUGUCCCACGCUUUGUAAAUAUUUUCUCAUUUGUUCCUCAUAGGAAUCCUGUGACUUAAUUGAUAUUGUGAUGUCCAUCUUUAUAGUUGGGGAGACUGAGACAAAACUCCUGUGAAUUGCCCAAGAGUAAAAGUACUAGCAAGUUUUUGAAGUAGAAUUAGAAUGCACCACCCCACCUGUAGGGGAUUUCUAAGAAGAUCAUGAAAUGCCAGCAUCUCUAUGAGGCAGAAAAUAGAAAGAGAAUUUCUUGCAGAGGGGUGAAAAUUCUUUUUAGUUUUAGCUCUCUAACCAGCCAACAAAAAAAAAAAAAUUGCCACCUACGCAGUGAAACAUUUGUUUUUCCAUUGACUUAUGACAACUAAUGUAUACAAUGAUAAAUGUUCCUGGAUAUUAAUGGCAUUUAUUGCUUUUUUUAAAAAAAUUAUCUGCAAAACCACCUUUUAAAUUUUUUUUAAUAUUUUUGGCAUUUCUCCAUGGUUCCAUGAUUCAUUUUCUCUCUAUUCCCUCUUAUUUCUCCCCUCCCAGAAGUGACAAGCUAUUCCACUAGGUUAUACAUGUAUUAUCACGUGAUACCUAUUUCAAUAUUAUUCAUUUUUCUAAUAAGAGUCAUCUUUUGAACCAAAACCCCAAAUCAUAUACCCAUAUAAGCAAGUGAUCAGUCAUAUCCCCUGUAAGGAUGGGAUUUCAUUUAUUCUGCCUCUGGCAAAUUAGCUACUCUCACUGAAACUACUCAAUGACUAACCUGUGUUGCCAGCCAAUUCCUUUAAGAAGCUCCCAGGCAGGGCUGAGGCCUGUGCCAUCCCCAACACUGAGGCU